AUAUUUAGCUUCUUCUAUCGAUCUUUGCAGUAGACAGGCUCAUGCGGCCCCGAAACUUGGAUAAGUAUUUUCUCUGCAGUGUCUGGUGCACUUUAGGUGAAUGUACAGGGAUAUUUAUAUGAUUGUGACCAGAUCUUUCAUCCAAACCACGAGGUCUUCCAAGUUCCAGAUUAAAAUGUUUCAGUAACUUGGGAUUUCUGAGAUACUGCAAUCUGAGAUCUUUAAAUCUCUACUUUUUUCUCCACCUUAAUAUAUAAUCAGCGAAAAGCUUCAUCUGGUGCUCAAGAUGGCUUCUUCGCCCUCCUCCCCCUAUCGAAGCUCUGACAGUGAAGAAGGAACUCCUAAGCCUCACAGACGACCACGACAUGAUGUGUUCUUUUCCACUAUUAGUGACACGGAGCUUAAAUCCAUCAAAAUCGGAGAGAGCACUCCAAUAACUUCGACUAAGGAAGGCCUUGAAGAAGUUCAAAAAGAAUCUCCGAAGGAGAUAAAAGAAGUUUUAGUUGCAAAGGAAGUGGAAGAUAUUGAGGCACAACCAUCGACGCUCCAAGAUUGGAAUCAGCAAAAUCGUCUGCUCAUAGCCGAUGGAACAAUCGUAAACCACGAUAUUAUGUUUGACGGCGACGUCUACAUCGAAGAUGGAAUCGUUAAAGAAGUGGGAACCGAUCUCAGUGUUCCAGAAGGAACCAGAACUAUUAACGCUAAAGGAAAACUUGUCAUCCCAGGCGGAAUCGACACUCAAACUAACCUCGAGAUGAAUUUUAUGGGAGCGAGAUCUAUGGAUGAUUUCUAUUCUGGGACAAAAGCAGCUUUAGCAGGAGGAACCACCAUGAUUAUGGAUUUUGUGAUGGAGUCUAGUUCGUCGCUUCUCCAGUCCUACGAGAUCAGGAGAGCAGUGGCUGAUAAAAAGGUCUGUUGUGACUACGCCUUACACAUCGUAUUACCUGAAUGGACUGAGAAAACUGAAGAAGAAAUGGAAGUAUUAGUAAAAGAGAAAGGAAUAAAUUCGUUCAAGGCUUUUAUGACUUACAAAGACCAGUACAUGCUACGAGAUGGUGAACUUCUACAGAUGCUCCACGCAUGCAAGAACUUAGGAGCGGUAGCAAUGGUGCAUGCCGAAAAUGGAGACAUAAUUGCCGAAAAUGAGAAGAGAAUGUUAAACAUGGGUGUCACUGGCCCUGAAGGACAUAUCUAUAGCAGACCUGAAGAGGUUGAGGCUGAGGCUACUUUCCGUGCAUCUGUGCUGGCAAAUCAAGUCAAUUGUCCACUCUUUAUCCAACACGUUAUGAGCAGGAGUGCUGCCAAAGUUAUUGCCAAAAGAAGAGGAGAAGGAUGUCUCUUAUAUGCUGACACUGUAGCCGCUGCACUCGGCACUGACGGUUCACAUCAUCUAAACGCUUGUUGGCGUCAUGCCGCCGGUCAUGUGACAGUUCCCCCCCUUUGCACAGACCCGUCCACUCCAGUGGGUUUGAUGAACUUAUUGGGAAGCGGAGAUCUCCAAGUCACUGCCAGUAACCACUGCACCUUCUCAGCCAAUCAGAAGGCUCUUGGUCAGAAUGAUUUUACAAUGAUUCCUCACGGAGUAAACGGGAUAGAGGAGAGAAUGUCAGUUGUGUGGGAAAAGGGUGUGGUGAUGGGAAUAUUGGAUCCGUGCAGGUUUGUGGCUGUAACCAGUACUAAUGCAGCUAAAAUAUUCAACAUCUACCCACGGAAAGGCCGAAUCCAGGUUGGAUCAGAUGCAGAUAUUGUUGUUUGGAAUCCAGAGCAAACACGUACUAUCUCUGUCAAAACUCACCACUCUCAAGCAGACUUUAAUAUAUUUGAAGGAAUGGAAUGUCAUGGAGUGGCCGAUAUUGUGAUAGCUGGUGGAAGGGUUGUUGUGGAUCAGGGUCAGUUGCAAGUGACAAAGGGAGAGGGAAGGUUUAUUGACACACCACCAUUUUGUCCAUACAUCUUCUCUUGUGUACGAGCAAAGGAUAAGGCAUGUCAGCCUUUCAAAGUUGAAAGAGAACCAUAUGAAAGUGUUGCCGUUGAAGGUGACCUUGAAGGAGAGACUGUAGAUGAAGCUGUCGAGGUAACGGAGAUAAUAUCCCAAUCUUCUGAAUUUUACUCCCGUCCUCCUACCCGAAGUGGGGGUCGUAACUUGCAGGACUCAACCUUCAGUCUUUCUGGAGCACAGAUUGAUGACGACAAAGAUAUCAGACUGAGUGGAAAACGAAUUCAAAACCCACCAGGAGGAAAAUCAGCAGGGCUUUGGUAGAAGUAGUUGUGCUUACUUGCUAUUAUAGUAUUAUGUCAAUGUCGGCUUUAUAUUAUCAGCUGUGAACACGCAAGUAAAUGUCAGCCCUAAAA